UAUUUGUAGCCCUCGCGACAGACUCUUCGGCCUGAACUCGGGAGUUCACGGAUUCACUGCUGAAUUACUCGAGAAGAACUGCGAUGAAAUACUGAGAGCGGCGAAGAUCGGUGAUCUACCGACCUUGAUGCAACUCGAUAAAAAGGGAUACUCGCUUCUGUCGAUCGAUGAAACUGGUCAAACGGCGUUGCAUCUGGCAUCGAAGCACGGCCACAAGGACAUUGUCAGAUUUCUUAUUGCCUCCGCCUCACCGACAAUCUUAAACAUGAUCGAUAAUGAUAAAGGGCAAACCGCUUUGCAUAAAGCUGCCCAGAACAAACGCCGUUGUAUUUGCUGUAUGCUC